GUGAUCGUUAGAGACUGAGAUUAGAACAUCAAAGCUCAAUGGAUGUCCCCUUACCACUCGAGAAAUUAUCUUAUGGAUCUAACUCUGAGGACAAAACAACUUAUGUAGUGCUUGUGGCAACUGGGAGUUUCAAUCCUCCUACUUACAUGCAUUUACGCAUGUUUGAGCUUACGAGAAAUGCAUUACACUCAGAUGGAUUUCAUGUUCUUGGAGGCUAUAUGUCUCCUGUAAAUGAUGCGUACAAGAAGAAGGGCCUUUUAUCUGCAGAACAUCGUUUAGAGAUGUGUAAUCUAGCCUGUCAAAGCUCUGACUUUGUAAUGGUUGAUUCCUGGGAGGCAUCUCAAAGCAGCUACCAACGAACUUUGACGGUUUUAUUAAGGGUCAAGACUUCCCUUACAAACAAUCGACUUGUACCUGAGGAAUCUCUCAAAGUCAUGCUGCUAUGUGGCUCGGAUUUACUGCAAUCUUUCUGCACUCCCGGUGUUUGGAUCCCUGAACAGGUAAGAACUAUUUGUAAAGAAUAUGGCAUUGUGUGCAUCCGAAGAGAAGGACAAGAUAUUGAACAUAUGAUCUCUGGUGACAAAACCUUAAACGAAAAUCGUGCUAACAUCAAAAUCGUUGACAAUUUUGUUCCUAACCAGAUCAGUUCGAGUAGAUUAAGGCAAUGCAUUUCGCAAGGGUUAUCGGUUAAAUACUUGACUGAAGACGGAGUUAUAGAUUAUCUCAGACAACAUCAACUUUACACGGAGCUCACAUGACAAAAGCUGAGAGGAGUAUAAUACUUCAUCAGAUCAAAUAUUACUACACAACCCAUCAAAUAGUAAUCAGUUCAGAAUCACCGGCUUUGGAAGAAGCACACUAUGAUGACAGCAAAACUCCCUCCCAUUGAAGGGCAUACCCUAUACAUUACUUAUUUAUGUCAGAGUUCUGACGAUUUAAACUUUCAUAUGGUAACUAUGAAAAGGAGAGAGUAUUGUUCCAUAACUUCCAUUAGCUAUUCUCUUGAAUGGCGCACCCAUCAUCUAUUAUUAUAAAACUUCUUUUGCUAUUCGUUCGA